AUGGGACUCAGAGGAAGAGAUAAUAGCUUUUCUGAUAUUGCGAAGAGGGUCACUGCUACUUCGCCUUCAAUGAAUAAGAAGCAUGUGGUUGUUCAAAGAGAAGAAGAGCUUCCUAGACCAAUAUCAGGUUGUUCUCAAACUGUAUCCAUUGGAUCACAAAUUCAAAGAAUGGGUCCUAUCUGUACAGCCAGGAAGAAGGUUGUUUCUCUUUCUCCUCAGUUGUCAAUAGAAGAAGAUGUUGAUUUUGUCAAACAACUUGGUAAGGAAAGAUUCUCAUCUGCUGCUGAUGACUCCAUGUGGUUGUCUUCAGGUUGUAUAUCCCCUUCAUCAUUUUUCGAAGAGCAUGAAUCGUCGAGUCCCUUUCAUCUUGUAGCUGAUGAAUGCUUAGUUUCAUGGCUCUCAACAUUAGCAGAUUCAUAUGUUUCUUUGAGUAAAGGAGCCUCUCUUUCUAUCAGCUCUAAGACAAAACCUGAAGAAGAUAAAUCUCUUGCUCUUGCUAAAGUAGUAUCAGGAAAAAUAGCUAGGGAAGGUUUGGAGGAUGAAGGGGAGAUUACUUGGCAAUUGCACCCACGAGGAAAUUAUGGAACCGGUCCUCCUGCAGAAAGUGCUGAAAGAAUCAAGUCUUCUUGUGGGCAAUGCAGUGAUGAAUCCUCUAGUGAUGGCAAUUGUUUGACAUCUCACAGCACCAAUCUCGACUCUUCUUCUCAGGUAUCAGAUACGGACACAACAAGUUUCAUGGCCUCUAUAUUGAAUCUUGAUGAGGAUGGCUUCCAUUGGAUAUCAAAUACAGAGUUGGAGUUGGAUUAUUUCCAGUCAUGUUUCCCUAGUCCAUCUAGCACAAGCUUUUGGGAUUCUGAAGCUAAAUCUAGCACCUCUACUACCAUUAACAGGAAAGAUGAAAUAACAGAACCUAAUCUGUCCUUAGAGCAGACUUCUGAAGCAGAAAAUGUGGAAGAUUUCAGUGCUGAUGAGCCACUUUUCUGGCCAUUUGAUAGGAAAAUUGAUUGGAAUUCUGAGGAAACGUGGGAGUACUUCUCCAUGUCUCCUCGGAAGGAAAUAAUAAAGGUUACAACUUCUGAGGGGACCUCUCCUAGAUCCAUCGACUCUGAGCUCAACAAUAGGAAUGUGUAUCCUCCAAACAGGUGUAGGAGAAAAUUGGCAUUAAAGUCAGGGUCAACAGCAUCAAAAAUAUUAGAACUGAAUCGAGGAAACAAAGGCUGCGACAGCAGCAGCAGCGGAAGAGUCAAAAGGGGAAACGCGAUGCCAUCAAGGUUGAGAGAAUCAACCAAUGACUCUGCAAAAAUAGUACCCUUAGACAUUGACAAUCAAAUUCUGCCACUAAAAGUUGGAGAAGUUCCCACCACAAAAUCAAUUUUAACAGGCAGAAACUUUUGGGAGGAUGAGUUUUCUUCAAAUGAAGAACUUUCAAUUGAGGCAGUACUAGGCCUUGGCGAGUUUGAUGGGCACGAGGGCAUUGAUUCAGAAUUCAAUGAAGGUGUUUUCUUCCUUGACGAGGCUCUAUGA